AUGACGCAGGGAACAAAUAAAGACUCCAAAUUCAGUCCCAGCAGUUUCUUCCAUCUAGCUAAAAAAGCUAGAAGCAUGCAUGCUAUCCUGCAACUUACAUGUGCGCUAUGCAUUUUAGAAGCCACCACCUUGGUUUCAGGAGAGAGAAGCUCUUCAAGGAACGUUUUGCAUAGGAGGACAAGAGAACCUAAUGCUCAAUCUCCAAUAGACUGUAAACUGAGCCGUUGGAGUGAAUGGGGACCAUGUGACCCAUGCUCAAAUCUAAGGUUUCGCUCUAGAAGUGUUCAGAAAUUUGGACAGUUUCGUGGGAAACGGUGCCUGGAAUCAUUGGGAGACACACAAAGCUGUAAAACCAGCAUAGCCUGUCCAGAAGAGCAAGAAAUCGCUUGUGGAGCUGACUUUAGAUGUGAUUCUGGUCGAUGUAUAAAGAAGAGGCUUGUGUGUAAUGUGGACAAUGACUGUGGAGACUUUUCUGAUGAAAGUGACUGUGAGAGAGAUCCAAAAUCACCAUGUCGUGACCCGGACAUUGAAGUGUCAGAGAUUGGAAGGACUGCUGGACAAGGAAUCAACAUUCUAGGAAUGCAGCCAAUGGCAAGCCCAUUUGAAAAUGAGUAUUUUAAUGGUCUUUGUGAACGAGUGCGUGAUGGGAAUACCAGGACCUAUUACCGCAAGCCAUGGAAUGUUGCUUUUCUCAACUAUGAUACAAAAGCAGACAAAAGAUUCACAACUGAGUUCUUCUAUGAUCGUGUGACCAUGAUAAAAGAGAUUUUCCACGAAAAACAAGAACAUUUCUCGGUUUCCAUGUCAAUAAAACACACACCUACUGAAAACAGUCAGGGCACAUCUGUAAAUGCCUCUCUUGGCUACCAGUAUUCAAGGAAUGAAAGUCUAAAUUAUAUCUUGCGGUACUCCAAAGAAAGGAAACAAACCUUUAUGCAUGUCAAAGGAAAAAUACAACUGGGAAGAUUCCAAAUGCGAAGUCGUGAUGUCCGGCUAACAGAUGCUUUCCUUGAAGAUUUGAAGUUUCUGCCCACUGAAUAUGACAAGGGGGAAUAUUUUAGAUUUCUAGAAAUGUAUGGAACACAUUAUGCUGUCUCUGGGACUGUGGGAGGAAAAUACGAACUUCUGUAUGUGUUGGAUAAUUAUGCCAUGAGUUUAAAAGAAGUCACGGUAGAAGAUGUAAAGGAAUGUCUUGGUUAUCAUUUAGAUGUCAGUCUAGUAAAUAAAGAGUUGGAUUUCAAAGGUCAUGUAAAAGGUGGUAAAUGUGAAAGCAUCAACGUGAAAUCAAAUUACACUCAUGAUGAUGACGCAGUUAUUGAUGACAUCAUUUCUUUGGUUGAGGGAGGGAAGAUUGAUUUUUCUGUUAAAAUAAAAGAAAUGCUACUGCGGAAUGCCAAAGUGGUUGAUGUAGAGGAUUAUAUACAGUGGGCUACCUCACUGAUUGAUGCUCCAGUGGUGAUACAGCAGAAGCCAUCUCCAAUACAUACUCUUGUUCCAGUAAAAAUGAAAGAUGCACAUAUAAAGAAACAGAAUUUGGAAAGAGCCAUUGAGGACUACAUUACAGAGUACAGUGUGUGCAAAUGCGAACCCUGCAAAAAUGGUGGUACCUUGUUGCUGGUGGAUGGAGAGUGCAUGUGCCUAUGCUCCAGCUAUUUUAAGGGAGAUGCCUGCCAAAUCCCCAAAUCAAGAGCAGAUGAAGAUAAAAAGGUCACUGAUGGGGGCUGGAGCUGUUGGACUGCUUGGUCCCACUGCGUGCAGGGAGAACACACUCGAACUCGUCAGUGUAAUAAUCCUGCUCCAGGACCAGGGGGCAGGCCAUGCCAAGGUGACAGCAUCGAAAAAAGCUACUGUUCUCAGGCAAAAUAA